AUGGCCCAACAGUUUGUGAACAGCAGAGUCCACCCAGGGAAGGUGGUUGUGUUCAUUAAACCCACCUGCCCUUACUGCAGAAAGACCCAAGAGAUCCUCUGCCAAUUGCCUUUCAAACAAGGGCUUUUAGUAUUUGUCGAUAUCACAGCCUCCAAUGACACAAAUGCCAUUCAAGAUUAUCUCCAGCAGCUCACAGGAGCAAGAACGGUACCUCGGGUUUUUAUGGGAAAUAAUUGUAUAGGUGGAUGCAGUGAUCUGAUAACUAUGCAAGAAAAUGGGGAGCUGUCAAAGCGGCUGGCGGAUAUGGGGGUUCUACAGUAA